AUGACAGCUCUUCCAGAGACCUGUGACCAGGAGCUGAGAACAGGUGCAAAGAAAAAACGAUGUCUUCAGGGGAAAAGCCUACUUCUGUGUAUACUGCUUCUCAGUACUCUCCUUGGAUUUACACUACUUAUCACCUACAUCAUGAUGACUUGUAGUCUAGGAUCCUGUGAUGCUGAGCCGAGUCUUACACUGCUGGCCAGACUCCUGAAUUCUAGGAAUGAAACUGUAGACCCCUGUGUGGAUUUCUACAAGUAUGCCUGUGGCAGCUGGGAAGGCAAACAGUCAAGCAGAACUACAGAAGAAUCACUAAAUGUAUUUGAUGUGCUGUUGGAAGAAAACCAGCUCAUCCUGAAAAGACUUUUAGAGAGCCCACAGUUUGGGUUAAGAGGCUCAGCUAAGGAGAAAGCAAUCCGGUUCUAUCGCUCCUGCAUGGAUACCCAACAGAUAGAAUCCCAAGGAACUCAACCAUUGAAGGACCUCCUAAAUCAGGUUGGUGGGUGGAAUAUCACAGGUGAGGAGAAAGCAAAAAAUUUUAAUGAAACUCUUCAGACUCUCAUGGGCAGAUACAGCACCUUUCCCUUUUUCAGAGUUCAGGUGGGACCUGGUCCUUUUGACCAUGAGACCAACAUUAUUCAGAUUGACCAUCCUGAGUUUGAGAUGCCACCUGAGAGUAAAUUCAAAGAGAAAAAUUAUCUUGAGGUUCUCCGUGUGUAUCUCUCAUAUUUGAAGAAACUGGAGGGCCUACUUGGAGGCCCACAGGAUGGUUCUCCUGACUCCUUUUCCCUUACUUUGUCUUUCAUCUCUAACCUCCAGCGAGUUGUCACCCCACUGCAAGAAAGACAGCAGAGGGGGAUGCUGUUCUUUCGUACUACCAUUAGGGAGCUACAGGAAAAGGCACCUGCUAUUGACUGGCUGUCAUGUCUCCAGGCUGUCUUCUAUCCUAUGCCAAUGAACCUCUCUCAGCCAAUUGCAGUGCAUGACAUGGAUUACUUAAGAGGCAUGUCACAGCUUAUCCAGCAAUGGCAAAAGGAAAGGGUCCUUCACAUUUAUAUGAUUGUUUGUCUGAUUGGGAAUCUCUCCCCAGCCCUUGACAGUCGAUUCCAAGAUGCACGCCUGGAGCUAUCUAAGAUUCUUCAUGGAGAAAUGGGAUCUAGAAUGUUCCCAGCAGAGCGCUGGAAGAAGUGCUUGACUGAUACUAGCUCUUUCUUUGAGCCAGUUCUAGGGCAGAUGUUUGUGCAAGAAAUUUUCCCUCAGCAGACCAAGAAACGUGCUGAUCAGAUGUUCUCUGAGAUCCGAGAUGCCCUUUAUGGCCAACUUAAUCAGUUGGAGUGGAUGGAUGAACAGACCCGCCAAGGGGCUAAAGUCUUGGUUUCCAAAUUACAAGUGGAGAUCGGCUAUCCAGUUCACAUACUCCAGACUGCCAAAGUGAAUCUGGAAUAUCAGAAUUUGGAGAUAAAUGAAGACACUUUUUUCCUCAAUGUGGUGGCUUGCUUGAAUGUACUGAGGGAAAAUUCCUACUUGAAACUCCUUCAGCAUCACACACAGGAUAACUGGCGUGUCUCCCCCUGGUCUGUGCAUUCAUACUACUCAAUAAGGCAUCACGUGGUGGUCUUUCCAGCUGGAAUGUUCCGCAGCCCUUUUUUCCAUAUGAACUUUCCCAGUGCUGUGAACUUUGGAGCUAUUGGGGUCUUCAUGGCGCAUGAACUUCUUCAUAUGUUCUAUGGUUAUGUGCUGCCUGGGGGCUGUCCUACAUGCAACAGGAGUGCACUACAGAAAUCUGUAGACUGCUUGGUUGAACAGUAUGAAAGCUAUGGCUUCAAUGUCAAUGGCACUUUUACACUGUUGGAGAAUACAGCCGACACUGGAGGACUCACCAUUGCUUACCAGGCCUAUAAGAAUUGGCUGAAAAAACACAAAGAAGAGAAUUUACCUGAGAUUGGACUUUCACAUGACCAGCUUUUCUACCUCAGUUUUGCUCAUGCAAUGUGUGGAUACCAAGAUCCUGAGAAACUACAGUCUUCCCUGAACAGCGAUCCACACAGUCCCUUGCCACUUCGUGUGUGGGGGCCUGUCAGCAAUAGUCAGGACUUUGCCAAGCACUUCCACUGUUCCAGUGGAUCCCCAAUGAAUCCAGACAAGAAGUGCCACAUCUGGUAA